AUGGCGACAGUGACGUGCACUCUGGGUACAGUAGUCCUGAUCACAUUAUUGCUGUGGACAAACGCGCGGGUUUUGAGAAACUCUGUUCAUGAACUGAAACAGAAGCUGGAGUUUGUCAGCAGAGAUGGAGACACAACUCAUGUAUUGACCAGACACAAACACAACGGUGCGUUCAGGAAAUCUGGUGGACAAUGGCCCCGGUCCAGAGACGGCAACGUGUAUGUGCCCUGUGUGAUCGAUGACGGCUACUCGAGUGUUGCGAAGGCUGCGUUCAUGAUGGGUUUUGUCUUGUUCCACUUAUCGACCUGCAUCAGAUUGGUCUCCAGAACCAACGAGACGGACUUUCUGCACAUACAGCCCUCCAACGGCUCGGGUCUUCUACCCGAGGCCUGGGAGCCCGAGGGUUCUGUGCAGUGUCUAUGCUGA